AUGCCAGACUGUUCAGAAGAAAAUUCUCCAAUGGAUAAGAAACGUUUUUCAACAUUCAUGAAUAGAAAAUUUAUUGGAAUAUUUGCUUUAGCGAUUAUAAUCACAAUAUUUAUUGGUGGUGUGAUUGUAUUAACAGUCAUUAUCGCUAAAAUUGCAGUAAGAUCAGAUAAAAAAUUAUCGAUGUCCCGAAAAGUUUUGUUUAUAAUCGUUGAUGGUAUUCCUGCAGAUAUUAUAGAAAAUAUAUCAAUUCCAAACAUGAAAAAGAUUCAAGAACUCGGAAGUUUUACAAGAGCUUAUGUUGGUGGUGAAAAUGGUACUUAUUCACAAACACCUGCUAUUUCAGCACCUGGUUACAUGAAUCUACUCACUGGUACGUGGGCUAACAAACAUAAUGUGUAUGACAAUGAUAUAGAAUAUCCGAAUUAUCAUUACAAAAAUAUUUUUCGACUUCUUAAAGAACAAUAUUCUGAUAAAAAGAUUGCCAUUUUCUCAACGUGGACAGAUAAUCGUAUCAAACUUAUUGGCGAUGGAGUAGCCAUCGCAGGCAAUAUUACAUUUGAUUACAAAUUCGAUGGAUACGAAUUCGAUAAUAUUACUUAUCCUCAUGAUCUACAUGACCAUUAUAUAUUUGAUAUCGAUGAACGUGUGACAAAUGAAACUUUCGCAUGUAUCAAAAUAUAUGGGCCUGAUCUUUCAUGGGUUUAUUUGCAAUAUACGGAUGAUGUAGCGCAUCAGUUUGGAGACAGUGAACAAUUCAACCAAGCAGUCAAGAAUGCUGACCAUCAAAUAGGGCGAAUUUGGGAAGCUAUCAAUUAUCGAAUGAAACAUAAUCAAGAAGAUUGGUUAUUCAUUAUUACAACAGAUCAUGGCAGAGAUUCUAUAACAGGCAAAGAACAUGACUAUCAGUCCGAUAGAGAACGAACAACUUGGAUAAUAACAAAUAGUCAACAAAUGAAUAGUUAUUUUCAUGAUUUUGAACCGGCCAUAGUUGAUAUAUAUCCAACAAUUGCAAGAUGGAUCGAUCUCAAUAUUCCGAUUGAAUCUGAACGAGAAUUAGAUGGAGUACCAUUGAUAGGCAAAGUCUCAUUAAUAAAACCGAAUAUCAAAUUACAUAAUGCUAGUUUAAACAUUAGUUGGACAGUUUUAGAUCCUGUAGGAAUUGUAAAAGUGUGGUUAUCAACUACAAAUGUAUUUAAAGAUGGUAUGACAGACAAUUAUUAUUUAGUUAGAGCAGUACCCAUAAACGAAAAAGUGAUUAUCGUUGAUAUACAAAAAUAUCCAUCAAGUUUCUAUAAAGUAGUUCUGGAAGAACAAUAUAAUACAAUGAAUAGAUGGAUUUUUCGAUCAUGA